AUGGGAAAUAGCUUAAUUUCAUAUUCCAAUAAAAAUUUAAUCAAUGGAAAUGAUGUGAUGGCCGAAGAGUGUUUGAAAAAGUACGAACAUCGUAUACCAUCAUCUGCAGAUUUAUUUUGCAAUUGGACAUACGAUCGAAUAUUAUGUUGGCCUCCGACCAAAGCUGGUACAACAACGAGUCAAAAAUGUCCUCCAAUUCAAGGCAGUGACACAACGAAAUUGGUAUACAAGAGAUGCAGUAUAGACGGUACGUGGGAAGGAAUAACUCCGAAUGAUACAUCCCGACCUAGUGGCUAUACUCAUUACAACAUAUGUUUUCUACCUGAAAUUCAAGAUCUACUUAACAAAUUAGAUUCAGGUGGUUUAGCUGCCAGAGAAUAUAAAUUGGAUAUUGCCUGGCGGACACGUAUCCUAGAAAUGGUUGGCCUUACGAUUUCAUUGGCAGCUUUGAUUAUAUCGUUAAUUAUAUUUUCCCGUUUUAGGGGAUUAAGAAAUAAUCGCACAAGAAUACACAAAAAUUUAUUUUUGGCUAUGGUGGUCCAAGUUAUUAUACGCCUUACACUUUAUGUUGAUCAAAUGAUUGGUCAGAUAUAUAAAAAUAAUGAAGAUCGCGUAGGAAUUGAAAAUACGCCCUAUUUAUGUGAAGGAUGUUAUGUUCUAUUAGAGUACGCCCGCACAGCAAUGUUUAUGUGGAUGUUCGUGGAAGGUUUAUAUUUACAUAACGUUAUUACCGUCACCGUAUUUCAGGAGCAUUCAUAUUAUGUUGCAUAUAGUUUAUUAGGAUGGGGUGCACCAGCUGUUAUGACUGCUACUUGGGAGAUAACAUUGGUUUUGAAACAAGGUUCAAGUUGCUGGUAUGGUUACAAUCUAAUGCCAUAUUUUUGGAUAUUAGAAGGUCCUCGUUUAACAGUAAUUUUGCUAAACUUUUUAUUUUUGUUGAAUAUUAUCCGAGUUCUGGUUGUAAAACUACGACAAAGUCGUUCAAGUGAAACUGAACAAGUUCGUAAAGCAGUUCGCGCAGCACUAGUAUUAUUACCAUUACUCGGCAUUGCAAAUAUCCUAAAAAUUCCUGGUGUACAAACGUUAGACAAAGCUGUGUGGGAGUUUGCAUUAUGGUCAUAUACAACUCACUUCAUAACCUCAUUUCAAGGAUUUUUUAUUUCGUCAAUCUAUUGUUUUUGUAACGGCGAGGUACGAACUGCCGUUAUGAAAAGUGUAUCUGUAUAUUUAUCGUUACGUGGUGAUACAUUUCAACAACCACGAAGAAAUUCCUAUGUAUCUGGAUAUUAUGAUACUGCUAUUGCAGCACCAGUUAUAUCAACGGUGGACGAUGAUCGAGCCACAACUCCAAAUAUUAUUAAACCACGAAGGUAUUGUUUUCCAUGCUGUUGUAAAAGGGAGCAGUUGACAAAAGCACCUGUAACCAGUGGAUAUUUUGCUAAUGAGACCCAAGUGUGAUAUCAACCACAACCUGCCUGAUUAGAAACUAAAAAUGAAAUAUUUGUAUCUCAAUAAUUUGUAUUCGAUUUCGAAAAAUAAAAAAAUACAAGCCAACGUGGCAAAAUAGCUGAGCGGUAAAGUAUCCGAAGCAAGAUUAAUCACACAAUUAAUUGAUGAAAAUUGCUUACAA